CCACACACGACGAUAUCAUCGACGUUCUCUCUCACAACUUCUCUUCCGUCGGCACCGCGCACCGCCUCCGUCAACCACGUGCUCAUCCUCCUUAACAACUUACAGCCAUGGGCAAAUCACAGUCAAAGCUCACCCCGGAACAGCUACAAGACCUCCAGAAGAAUACUUAUUUCGACAAGAAGGAGCUCCAGCAAUGGUACAAGGGUUUUCGCAAAGACUGUCCCUCAGGACAACUAGACAAGUCCGAGUUCAGCCGCAUAUAUAAACAAUUCUUCCCCUUUGGCGACCCCGCAGAGUUCGCCGACUAUGUCUUCAACGUUUUCGACGAGAACAAGAACGGUACCAUCGAUUUCAAAGAGUUUAUAUGUGCCCUCAGUGUCACCAGCCGUGGUAGACUAGACGAGAAGCUCAAGUGGGCCUUCCAGCUAUACGAUCUCGAUAAAGAUGGCUUCAUAACAUACGACGAAAUGCUCCAGAUCGUCCAGUCCAUAUACAAGAUGACGGGCGAGAUGGUCAAGCUUCCCUCUGACGAAGACACCCCAGAAAAGCGGGUUGACAAGAUCUUCCGUAAUAUGGACCGAGACAAGGACGCCAAAUUGACCUAUGAUGAGUUUGUAGAGGGUAGCAAGCAGGAUCCUACGAUCGUGCAGGCAUUAUCACUGUAUGAUGGAUUGGUGUAGCACAUCUGAUUUUAUCGCAAGUACCCCAACACACGUCUCCAAUCCUUCCUGAUUGCCAUCUUGCUGUAUUUUUCUCGGACCUGGUGAACGAACAAGCGUCAUCUAUGUUACUUAUGCCAAUGCGAAUGUAGCUGUAUCCUGACAAAUUUGAUUUCAUAUCUAUAGAGUCUAUCCAAUACACGAACAAGU